CAGACGGGAAGAAACGGAGCCUAAGAAGGUCAGGAAUUAAACAUGGCAGCCCGCAGUAUGUUGCGGUCUGUGUGGACCUCAUUAGCGGGCUUGAAACUAGUUGGAACAGCCGCCAAUGUGAAGCUUCAACAGGGGAUAAUUGUUCCCCAGUUAUCGGCUUUAACUGUUCAGAGCCGAGGAAUCCGUCAAGUGGUGGUGAAACAGGAGGGUAAAACAACAACAAUUGAGGGAGAUAUACUGGACGUUCCAGCAGGACCACAGCCUCCGAAUCCUGCAGCCUUGUGUCCUAUCUACAGAUGGAACCUGCAGCACAAAUACAACUACACGGAUGUCCUGUUGCUCAGUCAGUUUAUUAAUUCAAAUGGAGGGAUGCUGCCCAGGAGAAUCACUGGUCUCUGUUUGGAGGAACAUCGCAAGAUUGCCAUCUGUGUUCAGAUGGCUCACAGAGCAGGUCUGCUCCCUGACCACAGACCCAAACUUCCAGAAGGCCAUGUCCCAAAGAGGCCCAAGCAACAACUCAACAGAUACCUGACUCGCUGGUCCAUUGACUCGGUGAAACCCAUAUAUAAAAAAGGACAAAAGUGGUGUAAGAAGCGAAUGGAUGUUGGCAACCCAGCGCUCAAGGACAAUGUGCGUUACAGUUUGAAGCCCCUUUACACAAAACACUGAAGGACAGAAAGCCUGACGAAUCAAUGUAGCAACUGGACAAAGUGGGUGGGCCCUUUUUUAUGCGAUGAUACACUUUCAGGUGGAUCAACUUUAGUCAUACUGCCCUGGGAAAAGGCCUAAAAGCUUCAUCCAUGUGUGUUUAUUCUACUUUUUGUUUAUCAAGCUGCGUCACUCUUUUAACGAGGCCCCACCCAGAACCAUCUAUUCUGUCUCUGCUGGUUUUCAAAAAGCCCUUGAAGUGAAUUCGCUGACAACUUAAUGUGCGCAACAACUGGGUCAGUGUCACAGUUUCAAAGUAGGUGGUAUGCUGACUGUGUAUACUCAAGGCAACACAGAUGUGCAAAUAAAAUGUGUGUGUUUA